CCAGCCUGGCAGAUCAGCUCGGCGAUCGCACUAACUGGGAAGGUUUAUCCCUCCGCGGCCGCCGUACUGACCCUAUGUGGGAAGGAGGAGGGAGGCAUGGUGUCCAAGCUGUUCAAAUUGGCAGCAGUGCCAGCCGGACUGGCCUUCACAUCCUAUGGCCUGUAUGCUGUAGCAGACCGCGAGCCAAAAGGAGAACGCUUGAGUCCUGGUCAGCUGUCGGUCUAUGCUGUUCCUCUGCAAAUAUCUAAGUACGUUGAAGAACAGCCUGGCCGUCUACAAUCUGGAUUUUCUGUAGCUCGGCAAACCGUGUGGCCUUAUGUAAUCUGGAGCAAACAUGUCUUUUCAUCUAUCAAAAUCGGAGUUCAAGAUACCAUAGAGUUCGGAAAAGAUAGUUAUGUUUACCUGAAGAACCCACCACCAGAAUUCCUUUCAAGAGUGGGUGUAAUCGCUGUCAGUGGAUUGGCUGGCUUGGUUUUGGCCAGGAAAGGGUCCAGACUGAAGAAAAUUGUAUACCCCGUUGGACUCACUGCACUUGGCGUAUCUGUGUGUUAUCCAACUCAGGCGGUCAUUUUUGCAAAGUUAACAGGAAAAAAGAUUUAUGCAACAAGUCACCGAACAUAUGAUACAGUUAGUUCUUUAUGGAAAACAAGUUCAAAGAAAGAAGAAAAAACUCAAACACAAGAAGAUGGUGAAAAGGUCUUGGGCCAAGUAACUGAAGUGGGGAAUGAAGAUUUGCACCAUCACAUUGAACAUGAAAUAAUUGAUACAAAGUCGCAGCCUGAAUCUCCAGUGUUACAGGAAUCUGAGUCUAAAAGCCACCUAAAUGGAAAGGAUGAGAAUGUGGGCAAUAAUGAGGCAUUAUCUGCUUUAGCUCUAACAUCCACGACAAAGUUCAUCCUUGAUCCAAACCUUGUGGACCAUGGCCAGUCCAGUCCUGAAGAUAAAGAUCUAUACAGUACCAGAAGCUGAAUCCCAGUAAUUAUGAGUUAAAUUGUGUUGGUAUCCUUGUGGCAUAGAUGAGCUAUAUCAUUUAUACUAUACUAAUUCUUAAAUAUGGUUGAAAACAACACAUUUCCUACCGUUUUGUAACAGAUUAUUUUUUUUUUAUAUUCCUAAAUGAUCAUAGUUGAAAUAUGUGGGGAAAAGUAAGUAUAAUAUCAUGUUCACAAAAAAUAAAUUCACAAUGUUUUUCAAGCUUGCA